AUGGACGCCAUAGCAAGUUCCAAUUUCUCUUCAAUUUCUCCAUUGAUAUUUGAUGGAGACAACUACCAAGUUUGGGCAGUUCGUAUGAAAGCUUAUAUGGAAGCUUUGGAUAUUUGGGAAGCAGUGGAAGAGAAUUAUGAAAUUCCUGCUCUUCCAGACAAUCCUACCAUGGCACAAAUCAAGGCGCAAAAAGAGAAGAAGACAAAGAAAUCCAAGGCAAAGGCAUGUCUGUUUGCUGUAGUCUCAUCUACUAUCUUCACUAGAAUUAUGACUCUGAGAUCAACAUAUGAGAUAUGGAAUUAUCUCAAGUCAGAAUUACUUGGUUUUGAGUUCAAGGACUCAAGAAUUGUAGAAAAAAUUCUUGUAUCAGUGCCUGAAAAAUUUGAGGCAUCUAUUUCUACCUUAGAAAAUACCAAAGAUUUGACUCAAAUCACUCUUGCAGAGAUACUCAAUGCUUUGCAAGCGCAGGAACAAAGAAGAGCCAUGAGGCAAGAAGGUGCUGUUGAAGGAGCCUUGCCAACGAAGCAUCAUGAGAACGGUAGGAACAAUAAUAAGAAGAAGUUUUUCAAGAAGAAUCAAAUUUCUACUAGAGAAUCUUCAGCUUACAACAAAGUAGGAGUCAAGAAGGGAUCCUAUCCUCCCUGUUCACAUUGCAAUAAACAGGGUCAUCCUCCUUUUAAAUGCUGA